AUGGAACAAGGCUUUGCUAGAGUUACUGUAAGCUUAUUUGUAUUUUUUGCAGUGUGGUCGCAGCCAGGGGUUGUGGAGCCCCCUCCCGACGACUCCGAUAUAGAGGACUACGACUACGAAUACGAGGAGAAUGCUAACAUAUCUGACGUGAGCGGCCUGAAUGGCAACAGCAGCAGCCUCCGCGUGGCUCGGCGGCUGAACAACGUGACGAAGGACUCAGGCGAUGUGGUGAAGCUCAAGUGCGAGUUCACGGGCGAUCCUCCUCCCACUCGCUUCCGCUGGUACAAAAAUGAGGCUCCGGUCAUCGAGGAGAAGGGCAGAGUCAUGGACAGGAAAUACGAGUUUAAGAGUGGCGGCACGCGGGUUUACGGAACAAAGCUCACCAUCAAAGACCUCGAGAUUCACGACAAAGGAUUUUACAAAUGCGAGGCAUCGAAUGGAGAUGAUCGAGUCCAAUCUACCGGCAUCUUACUAGUCAAACCGGGCCAGUGGCGUCGCGUUGAUGAGGCGCCCGAGAGCAAGGCCAAGAUCCCCUCCAUGGAGGAUUUGGGUGUUCAUUUCCCGCACAUGCCCGGUGGAACGUUGCCCGGAGGCAUGCCGGGGCUCCCGGGAGUGGGUAACCUCCCAAACGUCCCAGGCAGUUUCCCGGCCCCGGGGGUGCCGCCCCCGACGGAGGAUGAGGUAGAAGGUCAAGGCUAUUGCCAGGUCUACCGAGGUGCUACCUGUAGUCGCUUCAUUGGCAACCAUUCCAUUUACAUCCGAUCACCACGACAUCUGGCAGAUAUGGAAAAACGGCUAGCAACUGCAAUUACAGUGAUAAUUCAUUCCAAUGAUCUAUCUUCAAAUUGUGAGGACUAUGCCAUAAAGUCUCUCUGCUAUGCUGCACUUCCACUGUGCAAUGAGAAUGAGCCAGAACCAGCACCUAGGCAGUUGUGCCGCGAGGAAUGUGAAAUUCUUGUAAAUGACGUAUGCAGGAUGGAAUAUGUCAUUGCAAAGCAGCACCAGCUCAUUGGCCGUCAGCUGCCCAUCCCAGAGUGUGAGGAACUCUCUCCCAUCACAUCACCGGAUCAUCUCAACUGCAUUCGCUUGGGCGUGCAAAGCGAUCCUCUUGUUGAAGAUGAGAAGUGCUAUGUUGGUAAUGGUGAGUCCUACCGAGGCACAGAGAGUCGCACAUUAUCAGGUCGUAUUUGCGAACCAUGGAGUCAGAAUCAGCUCUAUAUUCGCACAGCUGACUUUCCUGAGCUAAUUGGAGGGCAUAACUACUGCCGUAACCCUGGUGCACAAGAGAAUCAACCUUGGUGCUUUGUUGCUACUGAACACUCGGUAUCCAAAGAAGAAUGUGCUGUACAAGUUUGCAAUGACAAUACAUUAGUAUUCAUCCUUGUGGCAGCUGUGAUUGGUGGUGCAGUGUUCCUUUCACUGAUUGUUGGACUUUGUAUGCGCAGAAAGUUUAAAUCACCUAAACAGCCUUCCCCAAAGGCAAAGACAGUAGAACUUAAUGCUCUCCUCCCAAAACAGCAGCAACUUCGGGCUCGUGAAUUUCCCCUAGCUAACGUUAGAUUCAUGCAGGAGCUUGGAGAGGGGGCCUUUGGUAAAGUUUACAAAGGUGAACUACAAGGAAUGAGUCCGGAUGGAAGCUCAGUAUUGGUGGCUAUCAAAACUUUGAAAGAGAACGCUACAGCGAAAACUCGUCAGGAUUUUCACCGGGAGGUAGAACUCAUGACAGACCUUCGCCAUCCCAACAUUGUUUGCCUGCUGGGAGUGGUCAUGAAGGAGGAACCUAUGUGUAUGUUGUUUGAACAUAUGUCCCAGGGUGAUUUGCAUGAGUUCUUGAUUUCUCAUUCCCCACGGUCGGAUGUCUCCGCAUCUAGUGACGAUGGCAUGUCCCAGGCUGUACUAGAACAGCCAGAUAUGCUUGUCAUUGCAACUCAGAUUGCUGCAGGGAUGGAAUACCUUGCAAGCCAUCACUAUGUCCACCGAGAUCUUGCCUCCCGUAACUGUCUAGUGGGGGAAAACUUGACUGUAAAGAUAUCAGACUUUGGACUUUCUCGGGAUAUCUACUCUUCUGAUUAUUACAGAGUGCAGAGUAAGAGCCUGCUCCCAGUGCGAUGGAUGCCACCAGAAUCAAUUCUGUAUGGAAAGUUUACAACAGAAUCAGAUGUUUGGAGCUUUGGUGUUGUUCUGUGGGAGAUCUUCAGUUACGGUUUACAGCCUUACUAUGGAUAUAAUAACCAGGAGGUAAUAGAUAUGAUAAGGUCCCGUCAUCUGUUGCCUUGCCCAGAGGAUUGCCCACCCCGCAUAUAUGCUCUCAUGGUUGAGUGCUGGCAUGAGACUCCAAACAGAAGACCAACAUUUAGGGAGAUACAUGGUCGACUACGUUCCUGGCAGGGUUUAGAUAAUGGAGGUUUGGUUGGCACACUGAGUGGUAGUGUGUCUGGGCAUUCUGGCUCACAGCACUCCAGCACAGGUCCCUCAAAUAACACUGGAUCUACCAACCUCUCCUCCAAUACUCACCCCCCACACCUUCCUCGGCCUUAUCAUCCAGGCCCACAUUACCAGCCUCCUGGACCACCCCAUUCACCAGCUUACUCUGCUCCUUACCAACCACCACCACCUCCUGGGAUGGUGCCUGGCUUGUAUCCACGUUUGUCAGUGCCUGUAGGGCACCCACAACCAGUAUAUUUGGCCCAGCGUAGCAAUGUGAUGGGAGGAUCACCAGUUACCAUUAGAGUGGCGCAACCACAAUCUAUGAAUAUGGGAACAGAAACCCAGUUGGCAAAUCUCUGAACUAAAUGGUGAAACUUUUGAUUCCUAACUCUCACAAGGGAAUGUUCAGUGAAUCUCAUCACAUCUUGGGAAUGAUGUUUGAUGUUUCGUGUAUGCUUGGAGCACAACAAGGUCCUCUAAGCAUGGAUAUAAUGUGACCAUCUUGUUGCUGCUCUUGUAUGGUGAAAAGAAAAGAAAAUCAGUGCUUGAGUGAAAAGUGUGUAUGGAACUGAAAAGAACAUCUUUUCUGAUCUCUUGAGUGUUUAAUAGAUUAGGGAAUCAAGUGUCAAGAAACUAUUCUGUUGUAACAUAUACAUAAAAUGUGAGUUCAUGAUUUGAUAUUAUUUGGAAUAUUUCACUUUGCUUCAUUGUCAUUUGAGAGUGUUAUUUGCUAAAUAUUUUUAAAUUAUACAGAUGAUGCAGAAUUGUGACAUCCUAGUGGUAAGAUGAGGAAGGUUUUCCUCAGGUAGGAGUCCUUAGUGCAUCAUCAUCCCAUCUGGCAAAGUGUUUUUAUAUAGCCUGACCUGAUAUUAUAUAUAAUAUGAGUUCUGAACUGAAAUGUGUUCUAAUUUCUGUAAUAGGAGUGAGUAAUACAUAAAGCAUGAUUGAUGUUAUAGCUUAUACCUACAUAUUUCUUAUGAAAAUAUUUAGUGCUUUGUGGAAAUUACUACUGUACUUGUGACCCCUGGUCAUGGCAUAGCAUGUGACAUAUGCCAAAAUGAAUAAUCAAAUAAUUUUGCAAGACAGUUAAGUGAUUGAAUUGUAAGAGAUGUUUACCUUAUGUUAAUGCCAUGUGCAGAUGUGAGGAGCUUUGAAAGAAAUGAACUAUUUUUGAUGGCCAUGCUGUUAUGCACUCUUCAUGCUUGACAUAGCUUUGUCAUCACAUGGUUACUAAGUCAAUAUCUGUUUGCUUAUAUGCAGUAAGCUUUAAUGUGAUACUAUAUUUUUUAUCUGAUUUUCUAAAUUAACUUUUUAAUUAGCAGAUGUAACUGGCAUUUAGUCAUGGUAAUAAAUGCCAGUGUUGAGGCUUUGUGACAUUACCUUUCCCGUACAACCUUUUUGUUACUUGUAAGUUCAAUCCUUUGGUCUCUCAGAUGAUAUUAAGCUGUUUGCACAAUUGCAUAAUAAUUAUUGGAAAGCUUGCAAAUACAAAGUUCUUGUAAGAUAGUCAGUUACCAAAUAACUGGUCAAUUCUGUACAGGUACAAUAUUUGAUGUUAAUGUAACUUCGACAGCUGUGUGUUUGUCUGCCCUUGGUGUGUCAGACCAAAUAGUUGACAAGAUUACAUAAUCAGGUUACACAAUUUCAUAUAUGCAGUCUGUGAAACCACAACAUGGGUAUAGAGCUUUCCCUGUGUGUAUAUUUCUUUCUUUUGUGUAAAUUCUCUGAGUUCUGUAAGUAAAAUGAUAUAUACAA